AAUCACUUUCCCCCUUUUGCCCGACCAGUUUCCACCUUCAAUCAUGACUUCGGGACAGUAGGAACAACCAUAUAAGAUGAAGCGACACUGCACAGAGUAUCGAGACAUGGUAGGCACAAGGCAACAUUAUUAAACCAAACUACUCAAAAAUCAUACUUUAAAUGCCUAACAUGGUAGCAGUCUCUAUUCCCAAGGGCUUGAUCAACCUCGCCGGCCUGCUCUUCAAGCCAUCCACACCUUCCGCCAAGUCACCUGCUCUUGUGGUUGUCCACCCGGGGGGUGGUGUAAAGGAGCAAACAGCAAGCCUAUACGCCAAGAAGCUCUCCGAGCAGGGUUUCGUCGCAAUCGCGUACGACGCCUCCAACCAAGGCGAGAGCGGCGGCGAGGCCCAUCACCUUGAAGAUCCCAACCAGCGCACGAGCGAUGUCUGGGCCGUGGUGGACUAUCUGGAAUCUCUGGACUUCGUUGAUGCCUCCCGCAUAUCCGCGCUGGGCAUCUGCGCCGGGGGUGGCUAUGCCGUAGCCGCCACGAAAGCCGACCACCGCAUCCAGGCAGUGGCCACCGUCAGCAUGGUCAACAUCGGCGACUCGGUCCGCCACGGAUGGCUGGGAAAUGAAAACCCAUCAAAGCAUGAACCCACACUUAAGCAGAUCGCGCAACAAAUAAGGGCCGAAAACAAGGGGGCUGAGCCAGCCUGCGGCCCGUACGUGCCGCCCAAUAUUGACGAAACAACCACGCAUGACAUGGCCCAGGCGCAUGAGUACUACCGUACACCGCGAGCGCAGCACCCCCGUUCAGAAAACAGGAUGCUGCUCCGAAGCCUGCCACUGUUGCUAAACUACGACGCUUUUCACCUUGCCGAUCUGUACCUGAAGCAGCCUGUGCUCAUGGUUGUUGGAGAAAACGCCGAGUCCAAAUGGAAUAGCGAUAAGCUUCACAAGAUACUUGGCGGCUCGAGUAAGCUGAUCAGUAUCCCAAAAGGUGGGCACAUGGAUUUGUACGAUAAAGAGCCGUUUGUAGGUGUGGCAGUCGAGAAGAUUGUAGAGUUCUUGAACCCUAAAACGGUUUAGUUGCUCGAUUUAAUUGCAUGUACGGCAAGGAAACAGUAUUCAAUCAUUAAAAAAUAAACAAUAAACAAGAUCACGUGCGAUACGAUAAAUAUAUAAAUAUUGAUGGGCUUUAG